CUCCGGUGGUUUUUGGACCUCCUCCACACGGACAAGGCCCAGAUCUCUAUCUCCCACCCAAUUUCUCCUAGCUUCAAACUGCUAAAUCCAGACUGGUCAUUUGGAUAGCCACUUGGGUAUCCUGCAGGCAUCUCAAAUCCACCAUCUUCUCAACUGCACACACUACCCUUCUCCACAAACCCGCGGUCCAAAUCUAAUGAUUGAAAUCCUCGCCCAAGUGCAAACCUGGCUGGUUUCUCCUCUCACCUCCUACAAGUGAGGAAGUGAGGUUUAUAGUCAAGGAACAGGGUAGUGAUCAGUGGAUAGAAAAUUAAGUUUGAUGAAGAGUGGACAGUCAUGGAGGAAUAUGCUAGGUUGAGUAUGAGGAAAACGGGAAACCUAGCAAGGCCUGUAAGGAUUCUUCUUGGCAUCCCCGUGUCUCCAGAGAUGAUGAUCCCUUCUGGGUUUAAGGAGGGCAACCUCAUAAGUGAGGGUUUUAGGACUUAUUUCAGGAAAGAAGGGUCAGGUGGGGAGGUCAGAGUGACCUUUCAUUGGUCACUCUGACCAUUGUCACUCAUUGACAAUGAGUCAAUGAUUGGUGGUCACUCAUUGUCUCAGACUCCUUUAGCUUAAAAUAUUCAAUAUGCAAAAAAAAUUAAAUUAAAAAAAUAAAAUAUUCAGUAUGCUAAGUUGCCAUAUUUUGGGGUGGUGUGUCCUGAACCCCAUGACAUUCAGCAGUUAGCACUGAAUGGGUUGUGGGAGCUAGAUCUUAUUUUAGGAAUGGGGAUACAGCAGUGACCAGAACAAAGUCCUUACUCUUGUGGAGUUUACAGUCCUAGUGGGAUAAGCUAAUAAAUGAGCAAAUAAGGAUCAUCAAAUGGUAAAAGCUGUGAAGAAAACAAACAGAAUAAGGAUAUAUAUUGUCACUUGGUUUUUUAAUAAAGUUGUGUGAACUUCCUUUGCUUACAGCAGUGCAUGAGUGUGUCUAUCUCAUUUUGUCAUCAGUGAAUAUGAUCAUUUAAAAAAUUUUGGUUUUAGAGGUGAACAGUGCUAAUUCUUUGUGAUUUGCAUGUCUUUGAUUACCUAGAAAGUUGAACAUUUUCACACAGUUGUAUUCGCCCUUUGAAUUUCCUGUGCGUGUUCUCCGCUUAUUUUCCUAUUUUGGGGCUAGUGUCUUCCUCUAUUUUGAAUAAGCCUUCUAUGGUACUUAUUUAUUGUUGAGGCCUUUGUAUAUAGUAGACAAAUACUCUUAAAACAGUGGUAGAGUGACUAGGGAGGGAGAAAAUGCAGGAAGCCUGGAAUUCCCUUCUCUGCUCUUCUCCGCUUGCUUCUGAUACGGUGAGACACAGGUGAGCAGAGAGGCAAGAAGUGAGUUUAGGUAGAAAGAAGUGAAGAAAGAAGAAAGGCAGGUGGGCAGUGAGAAGAUGAAGUUGAUGAGCCUACAAGGGAGCAGACGGGAAGAGGCCGGAGGUGUGCAAAUCUUUAGGAGAAGAUGACGGUGUUCUUUAAAACACUUAGAAAUCACUGGAAGAAAACGACAGCUGGGAUCUGCCUGCUGACAUGGGGAGGCCAUUGGCUGUAUGGAAAACACUGUGACAACCUGCUAAGGAGAGCGGCCUGUCAAGAAGCUCAGGUGUUUGGCAAUCAACUCAUUCCUCCCAAUGCACAAGUGAAGAAGGCAACGGUGUUUCUCAAUCCUGCAGCUUGCAGAGGCAAAGCCAGGACUCUAUUUGAAAAAAAUGCUGCCCCGAUUUUACACUUAUCUGGCAUGGAUGUGACUGUUGUUAAGACUGAUUAUGAGGGCCAAGCCAAGAAACUCCUGGAACUGAUGGAAAACACAGAUGUGAUCAUUGUUGCAGGAGGAGAUGGGACAUUGCAGGAGGUUAUUACUGGAGUUCUUCGAAGAGCAGAUGAGGCUUCCUUCAGUAAAAUUCCCAUUGGAUUUAUCCCACUGGGACAGACCAGUAGUUUGAGUCAUACCCUCUUUGCUGAAAGUGGAAACAAAGUCCAACAUAUUACAGAUGCCACACUUGCCAUUGUGAAAGGAGAGACCAUUCCACUUGAUGUCUUGCAGAUCAAGGGAGAAAAGGAACAGCCCGUGUUUGCAAUGACUGGCCUUCGAUGGGGAUCCUUCAGAGAUGCUGGCGUCAAAGUUAGCAAGUACUGGUAUCUUGGGCCUCUUAAAACCAAAGCAGCUCACUUCUUCAGCACCCUUAAGGAGUGGCCUCAGACACAUCAAGCCUCAAUCUCGUACAUGGGACCUACAGAGAGACCUCCCAGUGGAGCAGAAGAGACCCCUCCACGGCCAUCUUUGUACAGGAGAAUAUUACGAAGGCUCGCAUCGUACUGGGCACAGCCGCAGGAUGCCCUUUCACAAGAGGUGAGCCCCAAGGUCUGGAAGGAAGUGCAGCUGUCCACCAUUGAACUGUCCAUCACAACGCGGAACAGUCAGCUUGACCUGACGAGCAAAGAAGACUUUAUGAACAUCUGCAUUGAACCCGACACUGUCAGCAAAGGAGACUUCAUAACUAUAGGAAGCAAAAAGGUGAGGGACCCCGAGCUGCGUGCGGCCGGCACCGAGUGUCUCCAGGCCAGCCAGUGCACUUUGCUGCUUCCUGAGGGAACAGGGGGCUCUUUCAGCAUCGACAGCGAGGAGUAUGAGGCAAUGCCGGUGGAGGUGAAGCUGCUCCCCCGGAAGCUGCAGUUCUUCUGCGACCCAAGGAAGAGGGAACAGGUGCUGCCCGGCGCAGCCCAGUGAGCUGGCCGCCCCCACCCUGCACUUUAGGCCUCGGUGGGACCAGCAGGCACAGCCUGCCCUGUCUGCCCGUUGUCGCAGGAUCCCAGGGCACCUCCGUGGCAAGUACUCCCCCCCCCCCCCCAAGGCCCCCCCCAGAGCAUGUGCAGCCUCCGCCGUCACCCUCGCCCCCUCAUCCACCGUGGUUUUCCAGGCAGGUCUGGGAGAGGCCCCCACGCCCCGGCUGCAAGAGGGCCUCCCCGGCCUCACCCCGGUUCUGUUCCUGCGCCCUCCUGGGACUUCAGCGCCUUGCCCACCCUCCGCACCUCCAUCCUCUUUCCAGGCUUCCCCAUUGGUGCUGUGACUUUCUGGGCUCAGAUGCAAAUUUAGCUUGUUGGCAGUUCACCCUCCAUCCUAAAGACACGCACAGUGUUUCCAUCUUCAGCCCGGGCUGAAAAACUAUAAAAGGCCAGUUUGUAUUAUUUUUUAAAGUAGCGCUUAAGUAUUGGUUUGCAUGAGAAGCACCUGGGUGCAUGUUGACAAUGGACUUGGGGUCCACCCCAAACCUAGUCACUCGGCCUGGGGAUGGGGCCCAGGAAUCUCCAUUUCUAAAAGAAAAAAUAAAAGCAGGCACCCUCCCCCAGGUGCUUCUACUCCAGGAGGUGCCCCCAGCCUCACCUGCCAGUGUUGUACAGCAUACCACUCCCUUUUCUGCUCAUGCACCACCCCACCCCGAAAAGGAUUUUGAAAGAUCAUGUAUCCCCUCACUUUCUAGAUAUCAACUUAAGAUGUUGCCAAAGUAUGUCUUUCCUGGUGUCAUGUAAAUAUUAUUUUAAAAUAAAACUGUUAUAUCACUCUUUUAAACAUA